AUGGUUAAUGGUUCGCAUAAUCAAUUAAUGAAAUCUCGACCUAUAAAUUGUACAAGUGAUUAUGAAGGUGAAGAAAAUGUCGAAGACGACGAAGAAUUCUUCUCGGAAGAUGAUGGUUAUGAUCCUGAAGCUCCUGAAAUGUUGCCUUAUCCACGUAAAGAUUCAAUUACUACUAGUACUGUUGCAAAGAAGAAAAAGAAAAAGAAGAAAAGUAAAAAUACGUUAUCAAUUAGUAAUCAAAAUAAUGAUAUUCUCACUCAUCCCAAUCAUAAUCACAGUCAUAGUCAUAAGUCUCGUAAGGAUGGUAUCUGGAAUACAAACAAUAAUGAGGAACGUCAAAGGAUAAGAGAAUUUUGGUUACAAUUAGGCGAAGAAGAAAGGAGAAGUUUGGUAAAAGUGGAAAAAGAAGCCGUACUGAAAAAAAUGAAAGAACAACAAAAGCAUUCUUGUUCAUGUUCUGUAUGUGGUAGAAAAAGUGAAAACGAUAGUGAAACAAGAAAAGAAAUAUUUAAUUUUGGAAGUAGUCUAACUGUUAAAGAAGGUGGUAUUUUAACUGUGGCUGACGAUUUUCUAAAAAAUGGCGGCAAAAAAUUUCUUGAGAUGAUGGAACAGCAACGUAUGGAAGAGGGUAGGAGAAUGUUUCAAAUAUUUGCUGCUAGAAUGUUUGAACAAAGAGUAUUAAAUGCCUACAGAGAAAAGUUAGAGGAAGAAAAUAGAUUAAAGGAGGAACGUGAGCUCAAAAAAUUAAAGGAAAAAGAACGUAAAAAAGAUAAAAAAAGAGCCAUAAAACAACAAAAAGAGGAGGAAAAAGCUAAAAAAGAAGCUGAAAGGUUGGCUGAAGAAGCUGCUAUACGAGCUGAACGUGAAAAAAAAGCCGAGGAAGAUCGUAAAAAACGUGAAGAAGAGCGUCUAAAAAAAGAAUCUGAAAGAAGAGCAAGAGAAGAAGAAAGAUUGAAGAAAGAAGAAGAAAGAAGGCGUAAAAUAAAAGAAGAGAAAGAGAAAGAGGAACGUAAAAGAAAAGAACAAGAAGCAAGAGAUCGUAAAGAACGUGAAGAACGUGAAGAAAGAGAUCGUAAAGAACGUGAAGAAAAAUCUCGUAGGGAUCGUGAAGAUAAAGAGCGCCGUCAGCGCGAAGAUAAAGAAAGAAAAGAAAAAGAAGCAAAGGAACGUAGGGAACGCGAGAAAAAAGAAAAAGAGGAGGCUGAACGUAAAGAGAAAGAAGAAAGAAUACUAAAGGAACGUCAACAGCAGCAGCAAUUACUACUACAAUCACAAAUACCAAAUCAAUCCUCGUCAUCAUCAACAUCGUCUCAAUCAAGGCAAUAUUAUGAACGUAAAAGAAUCCAACCUUUAGUUUUACAACCAGUUACAUCUCAACAAUCAUUGCAAUCACUCAUACAUCAUCAGCAGCAGCAGUCAAUUAAUAAUCCAUCAAUACAAAAAUCAACUGUUAAUGUUUCAAAUAACCCGGUGAAUUGGGUGUUACAUGAUCAACAACAUCCGGCUAUAAAUUCACAACAUCCAUUAAAUUCACAUAUGUCACAACAACCUUCUCAACCGUCAACUCCAACCGCAAUUCCUUUAUUCAAUCAGACAAAUACACAAACUCAAUACGGAGGUCAGCCGACUGGAAUUAUCAAUGCUCCUACAGGCCCUAUUGGCAUGGGAGCACACCAUCAACAUCACGGUGGACCACCAGUUCAACUGCAUUCUCAUCAUCAAACAAUGAGACAAACUAUGCCACCAAGAGGGUACAAUCCUAUUGGUACCACGUCACAUAUGCAGCCUGGUACAGGCGUUCCGCCAUCAAUACUAAAUGAUAUUUCGAAUACAAAUACAGGUGGUAAUGGAGUAAAUAAUCCACCUGGUGCCUUUGGUGGAUUGACGUUAGGAGGAAGUCAAAACCCAUUAGGCACACAAACAUUUAAUUUAGGCACACAGGUUGUUGGUCAAUCAACAACAUCGCAUAUUGGAUCUAGUGUAGUGACAAGUAAUCCUAUUCCACCUAUUGGACAUCGUCGUGUACCAACAUCAGAUGAUAGUCAUACGAAGGCAGUGCAACGACCAAAUCCUAUUCAACGUCCAAGAAGAGGAUCUGGUUCGGCAAGCCAUAGUUUAGAAUCUCGUGCAAAAUCGCCUCCGCCUGGUUUUGGUAACAUGGUUGGUUCUAGUGCUUUGCUCAAUGGUGAUCAGCCUAUACCAAUUCCAAAUAGAAGGCAGAGUGUUGCAGAAAGUUCAUAUUUUUCUACCUCAUUGUUUUCGCUGCCUGCAACAGAGGCAUCACAGUCAACACAAUCAUCUCAACAAAGAUUAAAGCGUCCUGCAAUAGAUAGUGACUGGUCUCUGUUAAGAAAACAUGGUGGGGCAGAUAGUUUAUUGGGCGCUACUGAUGCUACAGAAAAAAUUGUUGAUAAUAGUAGUGAUGGUACAUCAUCAACAAUUCAACAGUUACUGAAUUCUUCUCUACCUUUAAACCCGAAGCAAGUUCCUGGAUCAAUAUAUUCAGCAGUAUAUUCUGGAAUAACAGUUUAUGAGUAUUUUGUCAAAGAUGUCGUUAUUAUGCGUAGAUGUCCGGAUUCUUAUUUGAAUGCAACGCAAAUUCUAAAAGUAGCAGGUAUGGAUAAGAGUAAACGUGCAAAAAUCAUUGAGAAAGAAAUAUUAACAGGUAUUCAUGAAAAAGUACAAGGAGGUUAUGGAAAGUAUCAAGGAACUUGGAUUCCUUUUGAAAGAGGUAAAGAACUUGCUACAAAAUAUGGUGUGCUUGAAACUUUGCGUCCUCUUUUUGAAUACAAACCACCAAAAUACGAUAUUCCUUAUUUAUCAUCUCCACACACCCCAAAUAAAACUAAUGAACGUUCCAACAAGGGCAAUAAAAUUACUCUAACGUGUUCAGAACCUGCUAGUGAAUCAGCAACGGUAACCAAUUCACCACCACCUGAAAUCGAUGAGGGUGAACGUCUCAAGAAUAUUUUAAUGACAAUAUUUUUGAAUGAAGAGCCAGAAUCAAUACCAGACUUGUUGGUUUCUCAAAAUUCAUCUGAACCAGAUAUAAACAUGGUGAUUGAUAGUCAUGGGAAUUCUGCAAUACAUUGGGCUGCAUGUUUAGGAAGAGUAAAUAUUUUGGAAAUUUUGUUGAAUAGAGGUGCUAAUUUACAACAAGUAAAUUAUGAUGAGGAGACCGCUUUGACCAGAUCUGUAUUUGUGACAAAUAAUUGUGAUUCUCGGUCAUUUCCACAAGUGGUAAAGCUACUUCACGACACAAUCCCAAUUACUGAUAAAAAUAAUCGGUCAGUGUUUCAUCAUAUUGCAAUGUCUUCAGGUGUUAGAGGGCAUGCAGCAGCAUCAAAAUAUUAUAUGGGUUGUUUGGCGGAAUGGUUUCAAUCAAACGUUUGCGGGUUUCUCAAUACUAUUCUGGAUAUUCAAGACAAAAAUGGUGAUACCGCAUUAUGUAUUGCUGCAAGAGUAGGAGAUAAUGAGUUGGUUGAGAAGUUGAUUAAGAUGGGUGCCAAUGUUGAAAUUCAAAAUAAGCUUGGGUUGAAGCCUUCUGAUUUUGAUUUUCAUACAUUAAACAAUGAUGAUUAUGAAGAAGAAGUUCAUGAUAUGAAAGGUGCAAGGGAAGAUAUGAAUGUAGACAUGAUUCAAGAAAAUGUAUCGGAUUUCUUUUCUCAAUCAAUUACGCCAUUUACUAAUGAUCAUAGAAAAUCUAGAGAAGUUGUUUCAGCAUUACAAACACUCGUGGAAGAUGCAGAGAAUGAAUGGGUAGUACAACUUAAGGUCAAAGAAGAUGAAUUGUUUAAUGUUCAAAGUAAAUUUAAUGAUUUGACAAGACAACUUGUUGAUUUGAAGCGAUCAUUAAAAUAUUAUCGCCAAAAUGAAAAGGAAUAUAAUAAUAUAGAGGAAUAUUUAAAGUUUCUUGAGCAAGUACUUGUUGAAGUAGAAAAAGAGGAAAAUGAUGUUAAUGAAUACUCUAUUCAUAGGAAAUGUAAAAUAAACGAUGAUGACAAUGCAUUAUUAAAGAAACCUGUGGUGGAUAACAAAACAUCAGCAUUAGCAUCAAUGUCAUCAAAUCAACAAAAUAACAUUUACAUUAAUAGUUUAAUAAAUAUUGCAUCAUUACCACCACAAAUAUUAUCACAACAAAAGCAACAACUUUUGCAUCAACCACGACCAAUAAAUUCACAAUCGCUAUCACAUCUACAUACACACCUAAGAAUAAAAAAUAUUCUAAAUAAUAUAAUGAAUUCGUCAGAAAUGUUUGUCGAUGUUGAAAUGGCUACUAGUAGUGGUGAUGGCGAAAGUAAAAUGUCUGAAAAAGAUUUAAAAAUACUUCAAGCUCAAUUAUCAGCAUAUCAAAUAGAUAAGGAUUUACUUCAACGCGAAAUUGAGAGAUUACAAGAGAAGUCAUUAAAUGCAGAAUUACAAUAUAAACAAAUUAUUUCUACUUGUUGUAAGAUUGAUCUUGAUAAAGUGGAUGAUCUUGUGGAAACGAUAUUAGAAUUUGAUAAUGAUCUUGAGGAUGAGUUUAGUUUAGGAAGAAUAGGAGAAAUAUUAGGUAGAUUGGAUAAGGAGGCUGUGCAAUUGUAA